UCCCCGCCACUAUUCUCCCGGUUUCUCUCUCUAUCGGUCUCUACUUCAUGCUCUGUUAACUGACCAUUUGCUCGUGAAAUUGAAGAAUCGAUGCAAUUCUCUUCUUGUUCUUCGGAUUCUUAUAGUUUGUAAUUCUUGAAUUUGAACAAUUUCGAGUGGCAAUCGUCACUGAUUGAGGUUGCCGCGAAAUUCGUUAUUCGUUGCUUCGAUCCUUGCUUAUAAUGUCUGCAGUUGCAGCUCCAUUUCUAUCUCCGGUGAGGCAGUAUUGCGAUUCAACCUCUUCUUCCUCAUUUUGCAAACUCAGUUGUGCUUCAUUGAGAUCUGGUGACCUCAGUUUGUAUUCAAGUUCACGCGAACUUCUCCUUCGUGUGUUCGACGUUUAUGGAGGCAAUCGACUGCGUUCUAGGUCGAACAUUGGAGUUAGAAGACUGAGGACACGGUUUCCGGUGGUCAAGGCAUCGUUGGGUGGCCUUUUGGGAGGUAUAUUCAAGGGGACGGAUACAGGUGAAUCGACACGGAAGAAGUAUUCUGCGACUGUUGAUCUUAUAAAUGGCUUGGAAGGACAGAUUUCGAGCCUUUCUGAUUCAGAAUUGAGAGAUAGAACUGAUAAUCUUAAGGAACGUGCUCGCAAGGGUGAAUCCUUAGACUCUCUUUUGCCUGAAGCAUAUGCUGUCGUCAGAGAGGCCUCAAAAAGAGUUCUAGGUCUUCGGCCUUUUGAUGUGCAGCUGAUAGGUGGUAUGGUUCUUCAUAAGGGAGAAAUAGCUGAAAUGCGAACUGGAGAAGGGAAGACCCUAGUUGCCAUACUGCCAGCUUAUUUGAAUGCAUUAGCUGGUAAAGGGGUUCAUGUUGUAACAGUUAAUGAUUAUCUAGCAAGGAGAGACUGUGAGUGGGUUGGUCAAGUUCCUCGGUUUCUUGGAUUGAAGGUUGGCCUAAUCCAACAGAAUAUGACUAGUGAACAAAGGAGGGAAAAUUACUCUUGUGACAUCACAUAUGUUACAAACAGCGAACUUGGAUUUGAUUACUUGAGAGACAAUCUUGCCACGAGUGUUGAUGAGCUAGUUGUGAGGGGUUUCAAUUACUGCAUUAUUGAUGAAGUUGAUUCUAUCCUUAUUGAUGAAGCACGCACUCCUCUUAUCAUAUCCGGGCCUGCUGAAAAACCAAGUGAUCAGUAUUAUAAAGCUGCUAAGAUUGCUGCUGCCUUUGAGCAAGAUAUUCAUUACACAGUUGACGAGAAGCAGAAAACUGUUUUGCUUAGUGAACAAGGUUAUGCUGAUGCUGAGGAAAUUUUAAAUGUAAAGGAUUUAUAUGAUCCCCGAGAACAGUGGGCAUCUUAUAUCCUCAAUGCAGUAAAAGCAAAAGAACUUUUCCUCAGAGAUGUUAAUUAUAUAAUCCGCGGAAAGGAGGUUCUCAUUGUGGAUGAGUUUACUGGUCGAGUGAUGCAGGGAAGGCGUUGGAGUGAUGGGCUUCACCAGGCUGUUGAAGCAAAAGAAGGCUUGCCCAUCCAAAAUGAAACUGUGACCUUGGCUUCAAUUAGCUACCAGAAUUUCUUUCUCCAGUUCCCAAGACUCUGUGGAAUGACUGGUACUGCAGCUACAGAAAAUGCAGAAUUUGAAAGUAUAUACAAGCUUAAAGUAACAAUUGUUCCCACAAACAAACCUAUGUUAAGAAAGGACGAGUCAGAUGUCGUAUUCAGGUCAACUACAGGUAAAUGGCGGGCAGUUGUGGUCGAGAUUUCAAGAAUGCAUAAGACAGGACGCCCAGUUCUUGUUGGCACUACUAGUGUAGAGCAAAGUGAUGCUUUGUCAGAACUGCUGCAGGAAGCUGCAAUUCCCCAUGAGGUUUUAAAUGCAAAGCCAGAGAACGUGGAAAGAGAGGCUGAAAUUGUGGCACAGAGUGGCCGCUUUGGAGCAGUUACUAUUGCUACUAAUAUGGCAGGACGUGGUACAGAUAUAAUCCUUGGUGGUAAUUCAGAGUUUAUUGCAAGGUUGAAGCUACGUGAGAUACUAAUGCCCAGGGUUGUUAAACUUGCUGAAGGUUUUGUGUCGGUCAAGAAACCACCACCAACGAAAUCAUGGAAGGUAAGUGAAAGUUUAUUUCCAUGUAAACUCUCCAAAGAUAACACAAAGGUGGCCGAGGAAGCUGUAGAGUUAGCUGUCAAAGCAUGGGGACAAAGAGCACUAACUGAACUUGAAGCUGAAGAGCGAUUAUCUUAUUCUUGUGAAAAGGGUCCUAUUCAAGAUGAAGUCAUUGAAAAACUACGCACUUCUUUCCUGAAGAUUGUUCAAGAAUACAAGGUUUACACUGAUGAAGAAAGGCAGAAGGUGGUAUCAGCUGGUGGACUUCAUGUAGUGGGUACAGAAAGGCAUGAAUCACGUCGUAUUGAUAAUCAGUUACGCGGUAGAAGUGGAAGGCAAGGGGAUCCUGGAAGUUCCAGAUUCUUCCUUAGUCUUGAAGACAAUAUCUUCCGGAUUUUUGGUGGAGACAGGAUUCAGGGCUUGAUGAGAGCUUUUAGAGUUGAGGACCUGCCAAUUGAGUCGACAAUGCUGACAAAAGCCCUUGAUGAAGCUCAGCGCAAAGUGGAGAAUUACUUUUUUGAUAUUCGUAAACAACUGUUUGAAUUCGAUGAAGUUUUGAAUAGCCAGAGAGAUAGAGUAUACACAGAACGAAGACGUGCCCUCGAAUCUGAGAGUCUUCAAUCCCUACUCAUAGAGUAUGCUGAACUAACAAUGGAUGACAUCUUAGAGGCAAAUAUUGGUGCUGAUGCUCCUAGAGAAAGCUGGGAUCUACAAAAGCUAAUUGGCAAACUUCAACAGUACUGUUAUCUGCUGAACGAUUUGACUCCAGAAAUGUUGGAAAGUAACUGUUCGAAUUAUGAAGAAAUGCGGGAUUACCUUCAGCUUCGUGGGCGUGAAGCAUAUUUGCAGAAAAGGGAAAUGGUGGAGAAAGAAGCAGCAGGAUUGAUGAAGGAAGCAGAGAGGUUUCUAAUACUGAGCAACAUAGAUAGAUUAUGGAAAGAACAUUUGCAAGCAUUGAAAUUUGUGCAACAAGCAGUUGGUUUACGUGGAUAUGCUCAGAGGGAUCCACUUAUUGAGUACAAGCUAGAGGGUUAUAAUCUUUUUGUAGACAUGAUGUCACAGAUUAGAAGAAAUGUCAUUUAUUCCAUUUACCAGUUUAAGCCAGUGAUGGUAAAGGAUCAGAAGCAAAAACAAGAAAAAGAUAAAUCAGUUGCUACGCCCCAGGCUACAGCUUGAUCACGAUACUCUCGCAAAAUGAUGAAUCAGUUGCAAACUAGUCCAACAGAUGGAAGAAGGAAGGAUAUGUCAAGGCAUUAUUAAAAGCAGAAAGAUUAUAUGGUAAAGGAUUGAAAGAAAAAGAUUAGUUUUAAAAAAAAAUGAUAUUUUGUCGUAAUCAGUGAUUUCGUAAAAUAGAAGGUUAAAUGUGAUUUCAAUUGUAUCUGAUACAAAGAGUAGUGUGAUUGGUUUUUCUUUUUAAGGGUAGAAGAAUGUGCUAAAAGUUGUAAAAACCACUUCUUAGUUAAAUGAGACUUUUUUUCUUGGGUU